UAGUUUCAACUUUGCUACUCAAUCCUAGCAUUGGUAGUUUUUGGUUUUCUUUCUGACUUCAUAUUUGUUGUUUACUUCCUCCCAGUUUCCCUUUUUUUAAAAAAAAGUAGUUCUCUUUUGCAAAGUUUAAGCAGACGUUAAUCAAUCUCUUCCCCUUUUUCUUUUGAUGAUAUAUGAAUUGGCCUCUCUGUGUUCCCAAAUGUUUGAUAACUGCAUGCAACUUCCCACUUGACAUCUCAACUCAAAGUACGAACUAUAACUCAAAAUGCUUAAAACGAACUCUGAAUUUUCUCUCUCAGAUCCUCCUCCGGCAUCUUCCCCAUCUCAGUUGAUGGCAACUCCGUAUGUCCAGGUGCUCAGGCCAAGAAUUUGGGGUCAUCCUUUCUACCUCUCUUUCUCUCAUAUUCCAUGGUCAAUCUGUCAGUCAAUCCCUGCAGGUUCUACCUCAAAAGACCCAUCUUCUCUGCUGUCAUCGCAGUCCAGCAGCCCAUUGCAGCUGUCACCUACUGCAGCCGCCUCCACCCUGGUCCCCUUUUCUCAUCUAGAUUGCCUGUAGCCUGUUCCCCACAUGGGAGCCAGAGGAUUCUGUUAAAAGCAAAAUCAGCUGGAACUCUGCCUGUGGAUCCCACCUCACUCAGAUUAGAAGCCAAAGUCCUCACUAUGGGUACAAGUGGCUGCUCAGGUACAAGGUAGAGCAAGUCUCCAUCGUCACGACUCCACAAGCCUCUAGAGGGCGCUGUCACCCGAGGCUCCGCUCGAAGCGAGAAGAGGCCUGAGAGUGCUGUACGCAAGCGCAGACCUUCAGGGCCCAGGAUGAACUUGUGCCCAUCCCAGAGAUCACCCCAGGAGUCGUGAGGUGCCCUGUGUGUCACCAGCUUGACCUAGGCCACUUUGUCAUCGCCUGUGGUGAUCCUGGAUCACCAAUGAAAAGGAAGUUAGCUCUCUGAAGAGGAAGUGCUUUGUUAUUGUAGGCCCUGGCCUCUCACUGCAGGCAGACAGCCAUGGCAGAGAAUUUUUGGUCCAGGUGAUCAGAACUGACACCACUUUUGUGACUGUGCCGGGAUUAGCCACAGCAUGUCCCCUCCCAGAACAAGGGAGGGCAGGGGUCACCGGGACCAACACCGGGCUCCCAGUCAGGAGGUGGCCCUGGAGAAAUGGAACUGGAAUUGUCCAGAGACACGAAGCCUCUUCGAGGAUGCCUUCUUCAAUGAUGAGGGUUAUAUCCGCCAGGGUUCUGAGGAAUGCCAGAAAUUCUGGAGCUUCUUUGAACGCUUGCAGAGAUUCCAGAAUCUCAAGACCACCCGGAAGGAGGAAAAAGAUGCUGGCCAUCCCAAGCACAGAAUCACUGCCCUGGCGGACCUACCUCGCACUUACGACCCGCGCUACCGCAUCAACCUCUCUGUCCUUGGCCCUGACACUUGGGGCCCUCGGGAGCUGGGCAGGUGCCUGCCCCCGGAGAGAGUGUCCGAGUUCCGCCGAGCCCUGUUGCACUACCUUGACUUUGGCCAGAAGCAGGCUUUUGGGCGGCUGGCCAAACUGCAGCGUGAGCGUGCAGCGCUCCCCAUCGCCCAGUAUGGGAACCGCAUCCUGCAGACGCUGAAGGAACACCAGGUGGUGGUGGUGGCAGGUGACACGGGCUGUGGCAAGUCCACUCAGGUGCCCCAGUACCUGCUGGCUGCUGGCUUCAGUCACGUGGCAUGCACCCAGCCCCGGCGAAUUGCCUGCAUCUCGCUGGCCAAGCGCGUUGGCUUUGAGAGCCUCAGUCAAUAUGGCUCGCAGGUCGGCUAUCAGAUUCGUUUUGAGAGCACACGGUCGGCGGCCACCAAGAUCGUGUUCCUGACUGUGGGGCUGCUCCUGAGGCAAAUCCAGUGGGAGCCCAGCCUGCCCCAGUACCAGGUCCUGAUUGUGGAUGAAGUCCACGAGCGACACCUCCACAACGACUUCCUCCUGGGUGUCCUGCGGCGCCUGCUGCCCACCCGGCCCGACCUCAAGGUCAUCCUCAUGUCGGCCACCAUCAACAUCUCGCUCUUCUCCAGCUACUUUGGCAGCGCCCCUGUGGUCCAGGUGCCGGGGAGGCUCUUCCCCAUCACGGUCGUGUACCAGCCACAAGAGGUUGAGCCGACAACGUCCAAGUCGGAGAAGCUGGACCCGCGGCCCUUCCUCAGGGUGCUGGAGGCCAUUGACAAUAAGUACCCUGCUGAGGAGCGGGGUGACCUCCUGGUCUUCCUCAGCGGCAUGGCAGAGAUCAGCGCUGUGCUCGAGGCCGCCCAGACCUACGCCAGCCACACUCAGCGCUGGGUGGUGCUACCGCUGCACAGCGCCCUCUCCGUGGCCGACCAGGACAAGGUAUUUGAUGUGGCCCCCCCUGGAGUCCGGAAAUGCAUCCUCUCCACCAACAUUGCUGAGACCUCAGUCACCAUUGAUGGGAUCCGCUUUGUAGUAGAUUCUGGGAAGGUGAAGGAGAUGAGCUACGACCCACAGGCCAAACUGCAGCGGCUGCAGGAGUUCUGGAUCAGUCAGGCCAGUGCGGAGCAGCGGAAGGGCCGGGCAGGCCGCACGGGCCCUGGCGUCUGCUUCCGCCUGUAUGCCGAAUCGGACUACGAUGCCUUUGCCCCAUACCCUGUCCCGGAGAUUCGGAGGGUCGCCCUGGAUGCAUUGGUGCUGCAGAUGAAGAGCAUGAAUGUAGGGGACCCCCGAACCUUCCCCUUCAUCGAGCCCCCACCACCAUCCAGCUUGGAAACGGCCAUCCUCUACCUCCAGGACCAGGGGGCCCUGGACAGCUCAGAGGCCCUCACCCCCAUCGGGUCCCUGCUGGCCCAGCUGCCUGUGGACGUCGUGAUUGGGAAGAUGCUGAUCCUGGGCUCCCUGUUCCACCUGGCGGAGCCCGUGCUCACCAUCGCGGCUGCCCUCAGCGUCCAGUCGCCCUUCACCCGCAGCGCCCAGAGCAACCCAGAGUGUGCGGCCACGCGGCGGCCCCUGGAGAGUGACCAGGGUGACCCCUUUACGCUCUUCAACGUCUUCAACGCUUGGGUGCAGGUGAAAUCUGAACGGAACAGAAACUCACGCAAGUGGUGCCGCCGCCGGGGCAUAGAGGAGCAUCGGCUGUACGAGAUGGCCAACCUGCGGCGCCAGUUCAAGGAGCUGUUGGAGGACCACGGGCUGCUGGCUGGGGCCCAGGACCCGAAGCCAGGGGACAGCUACAGUCGGCUGCAGCAGCGCCGGGAGCGCCAGGCGCUCUACCAGCUCAAACGCCAGCACGAGGAGGGCGCAGGGCGCAGGCGCAAGGUGCUGCGGCUCCAGGAGGAGCAGGAUGGCUACUCCAGUGAGGAGGACCCAGAUCGCACAACCUCCCAGGGGGCCGGCGACAACGUGGACAUCCAGGAUGUGAAGUUUAAGCUGAGACACAACCUAGAGCAGCUGCAGGCAGCUGCCAGCUCAGCCCAGGCCCUGACCCGGGACCAGAUGGCCCUGCUCAAGCUAGUGCUGGGCCAAGGCCUCUACCCACAACUCGCCGUCCCGGACCCCUUCAACAGCGGCCGCAAGGACUCGGACCAGAUCUUCCACACCCAGGCCAAGCAGGGCACCGUGCUGCACCCCACCUGCGUCUUCGCCAACAACCCUGAGGUGUUGCACACCCAGGAGCCGGAGGUCAGGGGUGGCGAAGGAAGCCGAGAUGACAAGGACAAGAUGAGCAGCAAGCACCAGCUCCUCACCUUUGUCUCCCUUCUGGAGACCAACAAACCGUACCUGGUGAACUGUGUCCGCAUCCCUGCUCUCCAGUCCCUCCUGCUGUUCAGCCGGUCCCUGGACACCAAUGGCGACUGCUCCCGCCUGGUGGCUGACGGCUGGCUGGAGCUUCAGGUGGCAGACAGUGAGAGUUCUGUCCGGCUCCUGGCAGCCUCCCUGCGGCUCCGGGCUCACUGGGAAAGUGCCCUGGACCGGCAGCUGGCCCACCAGGCCCGGCGGCGGCUGGAGGAUGGAGAUGAGGAGGAGGAGGCUCCGGUCCACCGCAAGGAGGUGGCGGCCCUGAGCAGGGAGCUGUUGCAGUUCAUGGCAUCCAAGGUUUCCUACAGCCUCCGGCGGCUCACAGGGCUGGAAGUCCAGAACCUCUACGUGGGACCCCAGACCAUCACGGCCACCCCUAGUCUCCCUAGCCUCUUUGGCAGCUCUCCCCCAUGCCCCCACCCUACCAAAGGGGGCUACGCAGUCACUGCCUUCCUCACCUACAACUGCCUCACGAGUGACGCGGACUUGUACAGCGACUGUCUCCGCACCUUCUGGACCUGCCCCCACUGCGGCCUGCACAUGCCUCUGACACCUUUGGAGCGCAUCGCCCAUGAGAACACCUGCCCUGAGGCCCCGCGGGACGGUCCUCCAGGGGCUGAGGAAGCUGCCCCUGAGCCCCUCCAGAAGGCAUCUGCCCUGCAAAGGCCCUACCACUGCGAGGCCUGCCAGAAGGACUUUCUAUUCACGCCCACAGAGGUGCUGCGGCACCGGAGGCAGCAUGUGUGAGCCCAGCCAGUCCCCGACCAGGGCCAGGACUUCUGCCCAAGCCCCCAGCUGUGGCUCAGAACUGCGGUCUGGUCCCAGCCUCACAGGGAGGGAGCGUGAACACAUGAAUAGUCUUACGUACAGACUCGGGUCCUUUAGCCUGCUCCUGCCCAGCCAGAAAGUAGCAGCUGCCCCUUGUUGGUCCUCCCCACAGUCUAACUGUCAUUCCUUCUGCUGCAGCAGGCCAGCUGAGGUGUUCUGGUGUGGGUGUGGGAAGUUAAGGCUGAGCAGGGACUUCAGGUUCCAUGUACAGGAUCUGGGAGACCCUGCAUCAGCCCAUCUAUGUGUGUCACUUUGAGAACUGGGCAAGGUCGGGGGGUGCUCAGGGUUCACUCUGGCCCAUAGGCUGCACUACCAGACCCACUUCUGGCAUCGUCACCAGGGCCAUUCCUGCUGUGAGGUCCGUGGGCAGUUCUCAGCUGUCCCCUGUGGACUCCCCGGCCAUGCCUCCCCUACAGAUGUGAUAAGGAUAGGGGAUGCCGAGAAUGACUUGAUGCCAAGAAAUUCCAUAAUUCAGUUGAAAUGGAAAAAUGUCUUGAAAGACACGAACUGCCAAAGCUCACUCAAGAAGAAGUAGAUUAACUGGACAAUCCUGUGUCUCUAUUAAGGAAACUUAACUGCUAGUUACAAACAGAGGACAGGCUUGGGUGGGUUCACUGGUGACCUCCAGCAGACGGGGAAGGAAACUGACACAGUCAACAACAGCUCAUUUACAAGGUGGAAGAGGACACCUCUGGGCUGGUUUGAUGAGCCAGCGUUGCCCUAAUGCCAGAACCAGACUUGGACAAGACGUAGACACGAAAGUCCAUCCUAAACAUUUGGCAGCCCAUGUUCAGCAAUACAUAACAAGAACGGUCCAUCGUGGCCAAAUGAGAUUUAUUCUCGGUGUACAAAGUUGGUUUAAUGUUUGAAAAUCAAUCAGUUUGGUUCACCAUAUUAAAAAUAGGAAAUGCACUUGACAGAUUUUAACAUCUUGUGGACUUGGGUAAACCCCUUGACCUCUCUGCUCCACUAUUUUUUUUUUUUCCCUGACAAAUGAACACAGCUAAACUGUGCUUUUCCCAGAGGUUUCAUUUUGAUAUAGAAAUCUUGGAAAGCAUUUAUAUGUAUAUAUAUAUAUAUAUUUUUUUUUUUUCCCUCGAGUAUAAAAGCAAUGCAUGAUUUUCUCAGGUGGGUAUCGGAACCUAACUAGAAACCACUCCAGGUGUUUUAAACAGGAAGGGAUUUAACAUGGGGAAUUGGGUGCUUACAAAACCAAGGGAGGCUAGAGUAGCGGGCUCUAGUGCAGGCCCUCAGGUACGAUGCCCAGGAUGACAGCACAGAACCCACGUGCCAGCAGGGUCCUCUGGUCUCAAAAGCACUCAGCCCUGGCUGUGACCCUGGGGUCACUUCUGCCAUCCACAUCUCUGGAGGGACUGUCAUUGCUGUAAUGGUUCUACACCCAGAAUCCAGCUGCAAGGGUGUCUGGGAAAUGCGGUUGCUGCCUCCAAUUUCUGCUGCGAGGAGGUGGGUGGAGGUCAGCCAAGCCCACCCAGGGUCAGCAGCAGUGAAGACCAUGGGAGGACAUGGAGAAGAGGCAGAGAAGCAGAUAAGGAGGAAGAUGAAAAUCUACCAUCAUUCACCGUCCACGUGUAGACUGAGAAUCCUGGUGACCAUCCUCCCACGUGCCAUUCUCUGCCUGUGUUUAUACACAUUUUGAAACCACUCAGGGUCCUGAAUGACAUUUUGUAUCCUCUCCAUUUAAUACUUCUCUGUGGCUAAUCAUGAGUAUUUCUCCAGCUCAUUGUAAGUUCUUGUAAAAUUAGAUUUUCUAGAACCUGUGAAAUAUCCUGUUGUUUAGUGUGCCAUUCAAAUCAUUGUUAAAAAACCAUUUCCUCUUCUGC